UCAAUACCAAAUUCCUUAGGACAUCGCCCAGCGCAUCACGAUAUUCAAGAGCAUCGCCAACAUCUCGCGUCGCAAUAUUUGCCACUAUCAGACUGCUCACCUCUUCAAAUCUCUGUGCCACGAUCCAGUGGCUUACACUUCACUGCUCAGUCCACUCAUAUACUGUCACAAUGCCGCGACGAAAGCGCGCGGCCAGUCCUGCGCCAGUCGAAGAUGUCGAAGAGGAAAUCGAGGAGCUGGAUGCCGAUGUCGAGGGCGAUUUGAGAGCAUCUAAGAGAUUGCGCUUCAAUGAACCAUUGACAUGGCGCGCUGGCAAGGCGAUUCCAGUCAGCGAGCUCUUGCGCCGAUUACGGACAUUGUACGAAGAGCUCCAACCGAUGGAGCAAUUGGACGAGGAGGAGCAAGAUGCGAGGCGCUCACUUGCUCCUAAGGCGCAAGAGUUGGCCAGCUCAAUGCUUCUAGGACACAAGGACAAAGGCAUUCGCGCGUUUGCUAUGCUCGGCAUCGUCGAAAUGUUCCGGAUAUUGGCCCCACAUGCGCCCUACACAACUUCACAAUUGAAGGAGAUCUUCGGUCUUUUUGUCACAUCGAUAAUCCCUGCACUCGCGACGCCGAGCGAUCCUUACAAUGCGCAACAUCACAGCAUCCUCGAAUCGCUCGGGACCUGGCAGAGUAUUGUCCUCAUAUCUGACAUUCCAGGUUCUGAGCAACUUAUAACUGAUCUGUUCUCAAAUUGCUUCGACGUGGUCUCAGGAACAAUUCGCGGCAGUGGUACUGAUCAGGUCAGCAAAAAUGUCGAAUUUCAUAUGAGCCAGAUGUUGAGCACGCUUGUCGAGGAGUCUGGAACCCUACCAUCCCCAGUGGUCGAGGUUAUACUGGCACAAUUUUUGAGAGCAGACCUGAGCGCCUUAGCUAGCAGCUCGAAGAAGGGAGAGCAGGCUCCGGCACCCCGGGAGCUUUCGUCGGCAUACACCAUGGCGCAAUACACGUGCAAUACUUGCGCAGACAAGAUGGCGCGUUACAUCGGCCAUUAUUUCAAUGCUGUCUUGAUCGACGCAUCUGAGACAUCUACCACCACUAAAUCCAACAAGACAAAGCCGAAGCGAAGAAACCAUGAAGACAGUGAUGAUGAGGAUGACGCUGGUCUGCUCACGCCGCCUUCCGAGGAAGACUUGCAAGAAGCUGAAAAAGCGCAUCGGCUUCUACGAGAAUUAUGGCGUUCAUGCCCUGACGUCAUCCGCAACGUAGUUCCUCAAGUUGAGGCGCAGGUCACUGGCGAGAAUGUCAAUUUACGAGUAAUGGCGGUCCAAACAAUCGGUGAUAUGGUUGCUGGCAUCGGUGCCGCUGGUUGGCCGCCCUCAGUACAAUUGGAUCCGUCUGCACAUCCGUCACAGAGCAGUCAGGAGUAUUCUCCUCCUCCGCAGGAUCUUGGCAUCUUGCUAACACCCAAUGCGCCACACGCAUUCGCAUCCGUAUAUCCCUCAGCGUAUCAAGGUUUCAUGGACCGACAUCGUGACAAAGCCGCAGCUGUCAGAAGUGUCUGGGUGGCGGAAGCUGGACAGAUAGUUCUGACUUCUGGCGGAGGCAAAGGUCUUGAAACGGAGCAAGAAUCCAGCCUGUUGCGACACAUUUCCGACAUGCUUGUCGACCAUGACGAAAAGGUCCGCCUCUCUGCUGUGCAAAGCAUCGCACGGUUCAAUUUCCCCCUGAUAGUCCAGAAGCUAGGGAGCAACGGCGGCGUCAUGGACGUGGGUUCCAUCCUUGCAAAUCUAGCCGAUCGUGCUGUCGACCCCAAGUCACUCGUACACACAAGCGCACUUGAGCUUCUUGGGCGCAUUUGGGGUGUGGCAUCCGGAGCCAUCGCUGAAGGGAACACUGUCGUGCGCAAGAUUCUUGGCGGGAUUCCUUCUCACAUCUUGGAAGCAAGGUAUAAAAACAUUGGUAGCAUUAACGUUACAGUACCACAAGUCUUGAACGAGUCCUUACUUCCUGUGGGAUUUCCGCCCCUCAAGGCGAAGGCCAGCACGAGUGGUAUCCAACGCGUGGACGGUGAGGAGAGCGCCAUGCAUCCGGAUCGCAUCAGAGUUGAACGAUUGCUGGUGCUGCUACGAGACCUUGGCGAACGAGCACAGAAAGUUUUCUUCCAACUCCAGAUUCAAUCGGUUUCACGGGCUGCUUAUGUGGACAAGAUCCUAGAGCAUUCAGAAAUUUCGAACAAGGCUCGUGAGGGUGACAGCGCGGAAUCCGCAAAACAAAUCUCAAAGCUGAUUGAUGCUCUGGUGCGGGAUCUUCCAGAUCCAAAAUCCGCCGCCGAACAGCUUGGGAAGUUUUUCAACUACCACGAUCGACGCAAUUUUGCGUUAGUCCGAUUUUGCUAUUCGGCCGAGAGUGACUACAAAAGAGUAGUGAAUGCUCUAAAGGAACUUAGGAAACGACUGGAACAAGCACCGAGUGACGUUUCAGCUACCAGCGAUACGGUCAUUUCCUUCUUGCGCUCGGCAUCUCUCCUGGUAUACAACAAGAGUCAUGUACCAGCAAUCAUGGAAUUUGCUCGUACUGACCAACAGGGCCUUGGUCAAGCUGCGAACGAAAUAUUGAAGGAAAUUGCGACGCGCAGCCCAACUGUCUUCAAAGCGCACGUCAAAGAGCUUUGCGAGACUCUCAAACAACAGGCGCCGACAGCCACAACUCCAAACGACCCCAGCGCAGUCGAUUCUUUGAAAGCCUGCGCCGGAUUUUCCCGCCGCUUUCCCAAAGAGAUGCUCAGUGACCGCGAUUUCUACAAAGCUAUGGCCAAGAUGGCAAUGCACGGCGUGCCGUCAGCUGCUGCUAAGCACGCUGUCACGGUCAUUGUGACUUCGGCAGACAAAAAGGAUAUGUAUGUCAAGGACAUCAUGCAAUAUUGCAUGAAAGGCUUCCAACUUGGCGCUGAGAGCUACACGUCGAGAUUGGCUGCCAUGAGUCAAUUGCGAUUGCUGGCAAACGCGGAAACAGAACGCUUCGACGAAGCGAUCACUCAGAUCGUAGCUGAUAAGGUCCUCGCUCAGUCGCCCACUGCCGCUGACGAGACCGACCCCGAGUGGGAUGACACUGUCAGCGACGAUCUCGCUGCUAGAAUAUUGGCUUUGAGACUGCUCGUCAAUGGCUUCCGAGGCAAAGCGAUACGGGCAGAGACAGAGAAGCUGAGCACGUCUUUGGAGGAUGCCUCGGUUCCAAUCUUCAAGUUACUCAAUACCCUGAUAGAGCAGGCUGGCGAGCUCUCACAAGAAUCGGGGGGCUCAACUCCCGCUCACUAUAAAGCACGACUGCGACUAGCUGCAGCAAAGCUCAUCCUCAAGCUUUGUUGUAUCCGAUCGUGCGAUGCACUUUUCCUCCCCGCUGACUUCAAUCGCCUUAUCAAGAUUGCUCAAGAUCCUGUCGAACAAGUACGGACAGGUUUCAAUGGCACUCUCAAGAAGUACCUGGGUCAAGGCAAACUACGUGCGCGAUUCUAUGGGCUUGUGUUCAUUUAUGCAUUCGAGCCGAUAAAGAGCGUCAAGGAGAAUACCGCCACCUGGAUAAGAGCUCGCGCCGCCGCUUACGCUCAACGACAGGAAGGCAUUCUCGAAGGUGUCUUCCCACGCUUCUUAAGUCUUCUCGCACAUCACGAUGACUUCGGAACAGAAACAGACGAUCUAGUUGAUUCCGUCGAAUACAUCAUGUUCUACCUGAAAAAUGUGGCAACCGAAACAAAUCUCCCACACAUCUACAAGUUUGCGCAAGCGAUGAAGGCCAUGGGUAUCCAGGACCGGAUCGACCCAAACAAGAGUGAGAACCUAUACGUACUUUCGGAUCUUAGCGAAGCGAUCAUCCGCCAGUAUCAGGAGAUCCGUGGGUGGUCACUCCCUGUAUUGCCAGGUAAACCAGCUUUGCCACAGGGUCUGUUCUCGCGUAUACACAGCACAGCCAUGGCCCAGGAAAUUUCCGAGAAACGCUUCUUGCCUGAAGACAUGAUUGACAGACUGGAAGACCUCGUGAAAUCUAGUGUCAAGUCAAAGAAGCGAAAAGCUGAGGGUGUUUCGACUCAGUCUGUGAAGAAGCCUAGACAAUCGCUUUCCACCAGCCACAAGCCGACCUCGACGCGAAGAACGCCAAAAUCGACAAAAACGCCCAAGCCAAAGAAGACGUCCCGAGAUUCAGUCCCAGAUUCAGAGAGACGGAAGAGCUCUCGUUCUAACCGAGCACGCAAUUAUGCCGAGAACGACGAUAGCGAGGACGACGAGGAAAUGGAGCAGUGGCAAGCCACAAGCGACGCUGAGUCGGCGGCUCCCGAAGAUGCAGAGGACGCCGAGGACGCCGAGGAACGCGAAUCCUCCACGCCACCGACGAGCCAACCAGCACCGCCGGCCAGGUCAGCUGAAAGGACAAGGUCCAAGGCAACAGCCACGCCUGCUUCGCGCGCCACUCGUGGGCGCUCAUUGCGACAGCAGAAGCAAUCCACCACGAAUGCUGUGGAUAGUGAUAGCGAUGGGCUUUCCAACCCACCAAGCGAUAUGGAGGACUGAUCUUGAUUUUUGUCCCGGCGUUGCUGGCGGCUGGGCCCUCCUGUUUUGCAUUAAAGCGUAGUUUCUGAGAGUUGUGUUUGGCUUGUGAUUUCGUGAGCGACGGCGUUGGGAAUUCACCAGCUAAGUGAGCUCGUAUGGUGAGAUUGAAGGGCGUAUUGACCAUCAAUACGUCAACUUCUAUCAUAGAGCCACACAAUGCCAAAGUCAUAUGAAGAGAGGGAAUCUUUGUAAAUUUGGCACAUGUUGUAUGAUAGCUUAGCAGGCGACUUUAUUUCCUCGGAAUGGCAUGAAGCCUUGACAAGACGAGAAGACCAGUAGGCCAGUUUCAUUCGCAUAUCAUCGCGAUAUACAAGCUCGUUUAGUGACGGCAUAAUAUACAAUCGUAA